UUUUAUGGUACGUCAGCAUAAGCAGUUAACGCCCCAUCGAAAAUGGCUGAUAGCAAUGUUCUCAAAAGCCUCUACAGAGACUUCAAAUCUCAGAUAGACCCAAAGUCUAUACAGCCAUCGGUCACUGUGUAUGACAGAGAAAAGGAGAUGAUGGCAUUCCAGAAGCUUUUCCGCGACAUAAGGCUGCAAGUGGACGUUGGUCUCAAACUGCACCAGAUGAGGAGGAACACAGUGGACUCGCAGUUUCACGACGUCUUCACUGAAAUUGACCUAUUGCUUGAGCCAGUGGAGACUGCACAGCAGAGCAUUUUUGAAGGUGCUCCCAAAUUUGAUUUUGUUCAACCUGAUGGUACUCACGUUAAAGCUAACGGUUUCCGUAGCUUGCUCUGUGUUCUCAAGGAACUCCUCUCAUGUCUCCUGUACUACCUCCAGAAAUAUGCACGCGACAGAGGAGGUCUCUUUUAUAAUGCAGCCGACUCGUUGAGCAACAUCACGGCUCAUGCCAGAGCACUACAGGGUAUGGAGCGUAUAUGCUAUCACGCUAAUGCCCUGAUGACAGUCAAUGAUUCUCCUAACCUCCACAACAGUGGGGACAUGAGGAGGAGCCUACUGAGUCUCCUUUACACGGAGACCGUUUGCCGCGAUGCCUUUUAUGGCCGUUGCCUUGGUUUUCAGUAUUCUCAAGGACUCAAGCCCAUACUCCAGUUCCUGGCCAUUGCUAUGGCAUCUUAUGAGGACUGGUACAAAGGGACAAAGGAUGACCCGAUCAAGCAAUUGCUCAACAGUCUACUAAAGGGUGGUAAGUAUAUUCAGCAUCCUACACAACGUGGUGUUAAAAUAGCUGAGCUUACCGACGACUGCAGCAUCUACUUUGCUAAAGCUUUCUGGUCACUGACAGAACAAACUGCAGUAAAGACUGCUGUCAAGCUGGUGAGUCAAUCUGUCGACGUGUCCGAGACUUUAGAAGUUCCAGCAAAGAAUGUCACAGUUGAUUCAGUCAAUGGUGGUAGUGUUACUCUUCAGCCUCCAUUCUCUGAUCUUGGAUACAGACCAAUCUCAGUCUCUCUGAUAUCACACAAAUUAAGAGAUGGGCAGCCUUUCACUGGUUACAAGAGACCUCCUACAGUUCCUCCAUCAACUGGACUCAUCAUACACUUUCAUGGUGGAGGAUUUGUGGCACAGUCUUCAAAAUCACACGAGUUCUAUCUCCGCUGGUGGUCUAAGGAGCUGGACUGUCCUAUCUUAUCAGUUGAUUAUUCUCUUGCUCCAGAGGCUCCAUACCCUCGUGCUGUUGAUGAGUGCAUAUUUGUAUAUGCAUGGGCAUUGAAUAACCUUGCCUUCCUUGGCACGACUGGUGAGCGGAUCAUAUUGGCUGGAGAUUCAGCAGGUGGCUAUUUCUCAAUAGUUACGGCCAUGAAAGCCAAACAGCUCAAACUCCGCCUGCCUGAUCAGGUUUUUGCCUAUUAUCCGGCCACUCUCAUAUCAUCGGCAGUCUCGCCAUCACGAUUCCUCUCCCUGAUGGAUCCACUACUGCCUAUUGGAAUAUUGCUCAGUUGCUUACAGGCCUAUACUGGUUGCCUGGCAAGUGAGGAGGUACAAAAGAGAAGGAAAGAGAUAAGAGACAAGAUAUUGGCAGCUAAAGGUUACGUCAUUCCUUCAACGUGUGAUCCUUAUGUUGCUCCUAAGCCACAAACAAGAUGGGACAAGAUGAAGGGAGGGUUUCAGAGAAGCCAAACAACACCAGAAGUCCCCAGUGCACCAAAGGACUCCAAAGCAGCCCCACCUGCUCGUCCUCCUCCACCUAAAUCAACGCGGAACGCUUCAGUUGGCUCUAAGCCAUCACGCCCACCUCCUCCUUCCUUAAAGAAUGGAGGAAAGGCAGUUUCCAUGUCAGUUGGUUCAGAGUCUCCUUCUGUUUUGUUUAAACCAUCAGCUGCUAAACUAGAGGAACACGAAGAGGAAGAGAAUGAAGUAUUUGAAUCUAAAGAUGAGAAGACCAGCAGUAUAGAGACUGGCCAAUCUGAAACCCAGGAAUCAUGCAAAGAGGAAGGAGAAGAGAAAGAGAGCGAGGGAGAUGAGCAAGGAUUGACUGAAGUUGAUUUGAAGGCAGAGCAGCAGUCAGAUUCAAAUUGUACUGGGCAGGCAGAGACUCAGGAGGAUCAUAGACAGAGCAUAACCUCUUCUGCUUCUCCAUUCUUUCCUAAGCACAAGUCCCCUGGUUUAAGGUUUGGUAUGAAGGUACCUUCUAAAGAGGAGACCCUCUCAGAGGAAGAGAUUGAAGCACUGAUAGAAGAGGUCAUGGCAACAUUUGAUGAUGCUGACAUAACCCUCAAGGAUCCCUUCAUAUCACCAGUCAACUCACCUGAUGAAUUACUCAAGGGUCUACCUCUUAUUAACAUCAUUGUUUGUUCAUUAGACCCAUUACUUGAUGAUGGUAUUAUGAUGGCUCAGAGAUUAAAGUCCCUAGAUCAGCCAGUGACACUGACUGUCAUGGAGAACCUCUCUCAUGGCUACCUGAGUCUAACAGGAACAGAGCAGCUCAAUGCAGCUUAUGCUAAGAGCAUUGCUAUGAUGAAGCAGGCUCUGAUGGUUGGGGUCCAACAGGAGAAUAACUCUGAGAAAGAGAGUUAGGUAGCAUGAAGGACUGGAAUUUUUAAUACAGCGAUAUUAUACAUUAUGAUUAAAGGAAUAAUAUAAUGCAUAGAGAUUCUUCUAUUAUUGCCAAACCUUUUUAAUGAUACAUUAUAAUUAUUAA